GAAGCAGCCGGCCCCGUCGUCCUAAAGCCUGGAGACGCUUGUGCAGGAGCCGGCGGGGAGCGCACUGCUCGUCGCCUGGGAACGGGCCGCCCCAGGUGCCCGCACACCUCGGUCUGGCUCACGCCUGGGUGCCUGUCUCCCCAGAGGUCGGACCCGCAGCUGCUGGCCCAGUUCUACUAUGCGGAUGAGGAGCUGAACCAGGUGGCGGCCGAGCUGGACAGCCUGGACGGGCGGAAGGACCCCCAGCGGUGCACCCUGCUCGUCAGCCAGUUCCGCUCCUGCCAGGACAACGUGUUAAACAUCAUCGACCAGAUCAUGGACGCCUGCAUCCCCCAGGACCGCGCCCCCCGGGACUUCUGCGUCAAGUUCCCCGAGGAGUGCCUGGCCGCCGGCUCCCUCCUCAUGAACCGGGAGCUGGAGAGCAUGGCCAUGCGCCCGCUGGCCAAGGAGCUGACCCGCAGCCUGGAGGACGUGCGGGGUGCCCUCCGCGACCAGGCGCUGCGGGACCUCAACACCUACACGGAGAAGAUGCGGGAGGCGCUGAGGCACUUCGACGUCCUGUUUGCGGAGUUCGAGCUGAGCUACGUCUCAGCCAUGGUGCCAGUGAAGUCGCCCCGGGAGUACUACGUGCAGCAGGAGGUCAUCGUGCUGUUCUGUGAGACUGUGGAGCGGGCCCUGGACUGCGGGUACCUGACCCAGGACAUGAUUGACGACUACGAGCCCGCCCUCAUGUUCACCAUCCCCAGGCUGGCCAUCGUGUGCGGCCUGGUGGUCUACGCGGACGGACCCCUAAACUUGGACCGUAAGGCGGAAGACAUGUCCGAGCUGUUCCGGCCCUUCCACACGUUGCUGCGGAAAAUAAGGGAUUUGCUGCAGACGCUGACGGAGGACGAGCUGCACACGCUGGAACGGAACCUCUGCAUUUCCCACGACGUGGAGUUCCCCCUUCGCGCAGACGUGCCCGUGCCCCCCGCCCUGGUGCCCGCCUUCCCGGCGCCCCUCCCGCCCGAGGAGCUGCUCCCCGCCAAGGGCAAGGACCUGGAGGCCGAGCUGGCCUGCUCCAUGCAGUACGACGACCAGGAGCUGGAGCAGCUGAGCCGCAUGGUGCACCGGGCCGGGGACGCCAUGUCCUCCCUGCUGUCCCCCCCCAGCGCCUGCCAGUCCCCCGCACGCAGGCCGGGCAGCGAGGGCAGCCCCCAGGGGGAGGCCUCCCCGAGCCGCAGGCUGCGGCCCUCGGACGCUGACGGAGGACGAGCUGCACACGCUGGAACGGAACCUCUGCAUUUCCCACGACGUGGAGUUCCCGAGGCAGGGGGCAGCGUGCCCGCCACCUCGAAGGAUGAGGGCGACUUGAGCAACAACAACAACGUCCCAGACCAGGACAAGGCCUGGGCGUCGGGCCCCAACUCCUGCAGCUGCCUGGACGCCCAGCCGCACCUGGACAGCUGGGAGGCGACAGCGGACGACGCGGAGACCGCGGAGAUGAUCGCCCACCGGACGGGGGGCAUGAAGCUCUCGGCCACGGUCAUCUUCAACCCCAAAUCGCCUGCCCUCCUGGACGGCGCCGUCUCUGCCCUGGAAGUGCCCGGAACCGGCGCCUCCCUGUCGGAGACCGUGGCUGAGGGGUCGGAGGGCCCCCACAAACUCGGUGCCGCAGCCACCAGCUGCCUCCUGAACUCCUGUGUGUGCUGCGGGGGCUGCCGGGGCGGCAGGGAGGAGGCGGCCGAGAGCCUGCUGGACAAGUGCAGCCCAGGCGUCAUCGGCACCUCCUAUGUCGGCUCUGGCUUGGCCAAGGGCGGGGCCAAGAGGCCGGAGGAGGCCCAGCCCGCCCUGGAGGCACUGCCCAUGGCCAAGCCACCAGCCUCUGGCCCACACAGACCGGGUUCUUCUCUGUUCUCCCCGCGGAGCACCAGGCACAGGCCCCCCAACCCCCGUUCUGCUUCUCUGUGCAGCGGCUCCCCGGCCGGGGCCUGCUCCACGGACAGGGCCGUGCUGGAGGCGGCCCCCGUGGCCACGAGAGAGAAGAUCCGGUCCAGGUUCCACGGCAGCCACGACCUGAUCCACCGCCUGUUCGUCUGCAUCUCAGGGGUGGCUGACCAGCUGCAGACCAACUACGCCAGCGACCUGAGAAGUAUUCUCAAGACCCUCUUCGAGGUCAUGGCCACCAAGCCGGAGAUGGACGACAAGGACAAGUUCCGGAAGGUCGCCCAGACCCUGCGGGGCGCGGCCCUGGAGGACUGUGCCCUGUGCCAGGAGACCCUGUCGUCCUCCGAGCUGGCAGCCAAGACCCGGGACGGGGACUUGGAAGGUGCGUGGGGAGCCCUGGCCCGUCUGGACGCUUCCUCUCUGUCCAGACCAAAGCCUGGAGGUCGGGGACCCUGCUCCCCACUACCUGGAGGUCGGGGACCCCUGUCCCCCACUAGCCUGGAGAUCGGGGACCCCUGCCCCCCACUAGCCUGGAGGUUGGGGACCCCUGCCCCCCACUAUCCUGGAGGUGGCAGCUGGAAGCGGUGGCUUGCUGCCCGGCCUCCGAGAGCCCCCACCCGCCCCAGGUUUUCCUGCGGGCCGCCCGCGCAUGCCCGGCCUGGUGGGUGGGAGGAGGGUCCGGAGGCCGGCGCUCAGGGCUCUGACACUGCCCUCUGGGUGCUCUCUCGGUGGGGCCAAGGUCAGGGUGCGGCACAGGUGGGCGCUGGGGACCCUCCCAGCUCACUCCCCCCCUCCACCUUCCAGAUCUUCUGCUCCCGCUGCUCCUCGCACUCGGCCCCGCUGCCCCGCUACGGGCAGGUGAAGGCGGUCCGCGUGUGCACCCACUGCUACGUGUUCCAUGUGACGCCCUUCUACAGCGACAAGGCGGGCCGGCCAGCGCCCUGUGCUGAGGAGGCCGCAGCACUGGCCCUGGGGCUGUGCCCGGGGCCACUUACGGGGUCUCAGCUCCGGAGACAGGCCCUCCACCUGCAUCGGGCACUGGGCUGGCAGCAGGAGGAAGGCUGGGCCUUCCUCCUGGACUGCCCACCUCACCCUGCUCUGGGCUACGCACAGGCCUGGGAGAAGGCCAGCAUGCUUGCCAGCACCCUCCUUAGGCUCCAACAUGCUCAGGCCCAACCAGCCUGCUGUCCGGCCCGGCCCACAUCCCCCGGGAAACGCCAGGGUCCCCCAGCCGUUGGCCAGCAGCUGCUCACCUGCCAGCCCUCCCCGUUCUGGGCGGCCCUGCAGGUGCCCGUGCUCCGGUGGUUGGCAGUGCAGUGA